AUCUGAUGGCAUCGCCAGCCCCCGGCUGCAGGCUGUUCCCACAUCCCGGCCUCCCGCAUCCUGCUCGCAAACAUCCCCCGGCAGUUCAAACAAGGGCGGUGUGUGGGUGACGCAUGGCAGAGCCGGGCAGGGCGCGGUGCCAUCCCUCGGUUGGGGACAGGGGCAGUGCCAGGGGCUCGGACCCAUGGCAGGGAUGCUCCGGUCGGGAUCGGGGGAUCACCCCCGGGGCUCACCCUUGCCAGCCCCGGGGCAAUCCAGGGCUGGCCCAGCGGGCAUCCCCGCCAGGUGACAGGCUGCUCUGGGCUGGAAGAUUGCAUCUGUAUCGCGGGAGCAAUUAAUGAUAAUUGCAGAGGCUUUAUUGACCAACUAGGACAGGUUCUUCCUGUCUGCUUCUGAAGAUAUGUUAAAUGCAAACAGAAUGGAGAUCUGGGCAAUUUUCCAGCAAAGUGGGGGUGACGGAGGGGGGUCAGCAGUAAGAUUUUUAUGGUGAGAAUCACAUGAGUUAGGCAAACACAGGUGCUGAUGAACACCGUGCUAUAAAGGGCAGCUCCUCUCCUUUCUUGUCCCGGUGAACCGCGACGAGCCGCUAUUCCUCACCAUCUCCAGGACAACAGGUGAGGAACAGGCCCCUCACAAGGCAGCUGGGACUCGGGAUGCUCAGAGCUCCAGGGCGAGCAGCAGCCGGUCCCUCUCCUCUCCCUGGCAGCCCCCAGGGGAGCUGAGCUCUGCCCUCGCUGGAUGGGGCAGGCUGUGAUGCUGCAUUUUCCAGCCCUGCGCUGACUUUUGUCGCUGCUUCUUUGAGGGGAAGACGAGCUGAAUCUGCAAAUCGGCCGCGGUGCCCGGGGAUUAGCUCGGAUAAAGGGGAACUGCGCUGAUGCGGCCGAUUUGCCUCCCCAGCCUGGGCAGAGCUCAGGGCGUGAAAGCGGGGCCGUGCACGUAGUCCCUGCAGCCCACCUGUGCCACUGCCUGGGUGGGGUCCCCCGACUCGUGUCGGCGACAGCAACCCCCCAUUUGUCCCCACAGAGCAGCUUGGCUCUCCCAGAUGCCUCCUGCCGCGUCUGGGACUGCUGGGGCCAGCACAACCUGCUGCCAGUGCGGGCUGGGGACUGCGAGCCAUGCCUGGGGCACGGGGGGCAGGUGUGGGGCGGCCAGGGAGGCACAGCCUGUCUGCUCCUCCAGGCGCCUCAGAGGGACCAGGCUGGCACUCUCUGGGGACAGGUAGCAUCCCCUGUCCCCAAGGGACAUUGUGUGACCCUCCCGAGCUUUUUCAGGGAGCCAGGAGGAUGGCGGCCGCGGCCAGACUCGCCCUGCUGCUGCUGCUGGGCUGCGUGGGGCUCCUGCGGCCGGUCGGUGGCAGGUACAUAGGCUACUGCCCCCCCGGCUGGUCCUACUUCUAUCUCAGCUGCCUCAAGUACUUUUCCGAGCCUCUGAGCUGGGACGAAGCUGAGAGUCGGUGCGAGGGCUUCCAGGAAGGAGCUCACCUGGCCUGGGUAGAGAAUAUCCACGAGGCAGUCACCCUGCGGAAAGUCAUCUCCUACUACCAGCAGGUGCAGCCCGUCUGGAUCGGACUCCAGAAGAACAAAGAGAGCCAGACCUGGCAGUGGUCGAACGGGAAGGAAUACCGCACGGACAAUGAGAUGCCAGGGAACGGUGCCCGAGGGGGGAGCUGCGCCGCGCUGACCCACAACAGCGAUUUCUCAGUGUGGUCCAGUGACGAGUGCUCCGGAAAGCAUCCCUACGUCUGCAAGUUCUACCCCUUGCACUGAGCACAGCCCCGGCCCGAGCGGGACCCGCGCCCGCGGCGUUCCUCCCGUGCCACCUCCGACUCCU